AUGAAUGUCUUUAGAAUAGCUGGUGAUGCUUCGCACACCUUUGCAAUGUUAUAUUUAUUAUGGAGUAUCAUAAAAGAGAAGUCAUAUGUUGGUGUAUCUGCCAAGACGCAGCUUCUCUAUACUGCAGUAUUUAUCACCAGAUAUGUUGACUUAUUUUCGUACUUCAUAUCAUAUUACAACACCAUAAUGAAAGUGUUCUACAUAAUUAUCUCAGCAUGCACGUUUUUACUUGCGUUUAAAAUGGAGAGUACAUACGAAAAGAAAUAUGACAGCUUUUGGUCCGAAAUUCUCAUUGCUGGGGCAUUGAUUGUGGCAGUGUUCUGUAGUCACAGUUUAGAAGCUAUGGAAAUACUGUGGACAUUCAGUCAGUACUUAGAAGCAGUAGUUAUCAUUCCGCAGAUGUACAUGAUCUUCCAGAGUAAAAAAAUCACCCGACACAUGAAGGUAUACCUUUUCUUUUUGGUUCUAUACAAAGCAAUGUACAUUUGCAACUGGACCUACAGAUACAAUGUGGAGAACCGUUUCGACCCUAUAUCUGAUAUUUCUGGUUUUGUUGAUGUUAUGAUAUUCUUCAUUGCUGUGGCAAUUUUGCGCUGCACUAAUAUAACAAUUCACGAAUAUGAACAGAAGGAUGUGACGAAAUGGAAAAAUAUAUUUCUCAUUAGUGGUGGAUUUGCACAACCUGGAGCUACCAAAUCAGAAGCUCCUUUGGUUACAGAACACGUUUAUCAACCUGUAGUCGUGUAG